AUGAUUUUGAGUACCGAUCUUUCUCUCUUCCUUCUUUCUUUCUGUCUUUGUUUAUCUCUUCUUUCUUUCUUUCUUUUUUCUUUUUCUUUCUUUCUUUCCCUCUUUUUUCUUUCUUUUUCUUUUUCUUUCUUUCUUUUCCUCUUUUUUCUUUCUUUCUUUUUUCUUUUUCUUUCUUUCUUUCCCUCUUCUUUCUUACUUUCUUUUUUCUUUUUCUUUCUUUCUUUUUUCUUUUUCUUUCCUUCAUUCCCUCUUCUUUCUUUCUUUCUUUUUUUUUCUUUCUUUCUUUCCCUCUUCUUUCUUUCUUUCUUUUCUUCUUUUUCUUUCUUUCCCUCUUCUUUCUUUCUUUCUUUUUUCUUUUCUUUCUUUCCCUCUUCUUUCUUUCUUUUUUUUUCUUUCUUUCCCUCUUCUUUCUUUCUUGCUUUCAUUCUUUUUCUUUCUUUCUUUCCCUCUUCUUUCUUUCUUGCUUUCAUUCUUUCUCUGGUGGCGCUUACGUUCUUUCUUAAUUUCUGUUCACGUUAUUUCUUUCUUUCUUUCCUUCCUUCUUUCUUUCUUUUUAGUCACGAUCUAGUCUGUUCCUAUCUAUCAAUCUUUUUAUACCGCUUCCUCUUUCUCACUACUCCUAUCAUUUCUUUGUCUCUCUCUCUCUCUCUCUCUCUCUGUAUCUACUUCUCUAUCUACUCCUUCCUGUUAAUCUAUCUCUUCCUAUAG